UUCGAUAAUUCCGAGAAUUUAUUACAAAGGAAACGAACGAGUUCUCGAGAAAAUUCUCUCACCUCGAUCGAAUACGCGGUGUCGAUGAAGAGGGCCACGUGAUCAUCGCAACCGGUUCGAUAAUGCGGCCGAUUGGUUGGGCGAUGGCGUGCGCGUUGCUCGCGUCUACUUUUCCAAAAAGUGCAUCUCUGCUCGCCAGCACGGAGGAGGAGAGUGUUGGUGUCGUUGCUACAGCUCACCGCCAUCCAACUGAACGCGGCAAACCAACCAAACUGCUGCCCAUUUCCAAGGACACUUCACCGGAUCCCGAUACACAUCGACUCGAACAAUUUAUCGACGAUGAGAGGAGCAGGAGAAGGAAGAGGAGUGUACAGGAAGGAACGAGAAGAGAGGGUCGAACGUUCGGUCAUAAGCGAAUCCAAUUCAUGCUGAUGCCGAUGAUGUACAAAAUGGGAGUGAUGAUGACGAUGCUGAUCGUUUUGACGGCGAUCUCCGUCAAGGGAUUGCUCGUUGGUGCCAUGUUAUUAAUGCUGAAACUGAGCACGCUAAUAGCCAAGUUCUCCUUCGGUUGGCAGCACAAUGCGCAGACUCCUCAACCGAUCCAUGUGCACGUUCACAACAGUCCACCAACGGCUCACAAUCAAGCGUACAGCGGUUGGAUGCCGGGGAGCGGUCCAGGAGGGGAACACCACUACUACUACAGAGCAUCGUAA